UUUCCUCAAAUUUAAAAAGUAAUUUACAGUGUUCUGUUAACAUUCAAAUAAAAUGGAUCGUUGGAUUAAUAAAGUUGCAGUGGUGACUGGUGCAAGUUCAGGAAUUGGUGAAACCCUCGUAAAAGCGUUAAUGAAAAAAAAUAUUAAAGUCGUCGGAUUAGCGAGAAGAGUUGAGAAUAUGGAAAAAAUUAAAAAUGAAUUAAAAAAUGAAAAAUGUGCUUUUUAUCCAAUUAAAUGUGAUCUCAGUAAAGAAGAGGAUAUUAUCAAUGCUUUUCAAUGGAUUGAGAAUAAUUUUCAAACUAUCGAUAUUCUUGUUAAUAAUGCUGGAAUUAUGACAGAAAAUUUGUGCCUUGAGAGUUCAACAGAAAAUUUGAAAAAAAUUGUUGAUGUUAAUUUAAUUGGACCCACUAUCUGUACGAGGGAAGCUGUAAGAAUUAUUAGGUCAAAUAAUACAGUUGGUCAUAUCAUUAACAUAGACAGUAUUUUGGGACAAAAUGUUGCAUUUUACAAUAGUUCCGCAUUUGAUAUGUACAGUCCAUCUAAAUUUGCUCUUAAGGCUAUGAGUCAAGUGAUCGAAUUUGAAUUGGAACACAUAAAAAAUUCUACAAAAAUAACUACAAUAUUUCCAGGAUUAGUGAAUACAGAUUUACCACCACAGGAAGCAUUGAAAAUUAUUCCUUAUCUUAAUACUGAUGAUGUUUGCGAUGCAAUUAUUUAUGUUUUAUCAACUCCUUCACAUGUACAGAUUAAGGAAUUAUUAAUUACUCCAGUUUUAUAGUUUUUUUUUUGAAUGAAUAUUUGUCAAUUUUAUCAAUAUAAAUGCUAAAUUUAUAAAUAAAGCUAGAUACAAAAUAUUUCUUUUCUUUUAUUGACUUGAAAUAAAUCAUCUAUUAGUUCUGGUAGACCGAAAUUAAUGUCAGGUAGCUGAAUUACCGACUGUUGAUCAAAAUGGAAAUCUACAUUACCGACUGUUGA